AACUAUGGCCCUCGAGCUCCUGCUGGGGAGCGGGUCCAGGACUUGCCCUGCUCCACACGUGCUGUGGCUCCACAUGGCUCCCAGAAGCAGCAGCACGUCCCCCCUUCAGACUCUCCGCACAGAGGCUCCUGGAGGGGGGCGGCAGGGAGGAGAUUUAGAUCUUCCGUUGUACAUCUGACACCUUUGAACCUCUGCCUUCAUGUAAUUGCACAUGGAGCUAGAGAAAGAGCCUGAGAGAACCCAGCGGGUCUGUCCCAGAAUGGCUCCCUUUGGGAUCUCCCAGUGACUCUUCGGUUAAAUGCUGUAAACCUGGUUGUAUUGUAGCUGCAAAUAGAAAAACCAAACCCCUUGUUUCUCCAACUCAGCGCACCCUGGGAAUCACAGUAGAUAUUUGCUGACAGCGGCUCAGGCACUGAUCCCGUGAAUAAGUAUGCUCCCCAGAAGCACUCAUGGCUUUGAAUCUUUCAGGCCCUGGGCCUAACAGGCUCAGGAAAUGUGCUUCCCAUCAAGUCCUAGUCCCAGCUACCAUCACAGUUUUGAUCAUCAUCAUCGUUACUCUAGCAGCACUUUUAGCAGUGGAAAAAUCCAAACCAUCUCUAGCUGCUCCAGGCCCCCCUGCUGGGCCCUGCUGCCCGGACGGCUGGAUCGGGUACCGAGGGAAAUGCUAUUAUUUCUCAGAGACUGAAGGGAACUGGACCUACAGCCAGAGCCAGUGCUCUGCACUCAGUGCCUCCCUGGCUGGGAUCGACAGUGAGCAGGAAAAGGAUUUCCUGAUAUGUUAUAAGGGCUUCCUUGACCGUUGGAUCGGCCUCCAGAGGGAGCCGGGCCAGCCUUGGAGAUGGCCCAAUGGCAUCGAAUUCAACAACUGGUUUCCGAUAAGAGGAGGCGGCGACUGUGCUUUUCUGAUGGAUGAGGGCUGGUUCGGCAGCUCGCGCUGCAGCACAGGGAGACGCUGGAUCUGCAGCAAACCCAAUGCCUGUACAAUGGAAGGACGUAUUGUGGAGUCAAAACUUGGAGACUCUUAGAAACUAGGCU